AUGUUUUCAAUUCUGAUUGCUGGUCGAUUACCACAAAUCAAUUUUCAACAAGUGAGCGAAACACAAUUUGUAAUUCCGAUAUCGGAUAUUGAUCAUGUAAAUCAUCUUGUUGUGUUUAUGACUGGUCAAAUUCCAUUUCCUGAAAAUUACGGGGGUGGUGGCAAUUGGCCAAGUGCAGAAGGGCCAUCAUGGAUUUUUCUUGGAAAAAUAACAAAUGUAAAGCCAAGUGCAAUUUUUAAAAUUGGCAAAAUAAAAGAUAUAGAAUCUAAAAUUGGCUCUUCACUAGCACCUACUCUAUUCAGUGGAUUUCAACAUCAAACAGCCAUUCCAACGGAUGGUUUAUUAGGUAUAAGUGUUGAACCUUUAAGCCAACUUGAUCAACAAAUUCAACCCCACGAUAUAACACCAUCUACAGUUGCAUCAAAUGUUGAAUUUGUAUCAAAAAUGCUCAAUAAUUUUGUUAAUUAUGUAACAUCAUUUGUUCAAAAUGUUCCUGGCACAUCGGAACAAAUUGUUCCAUUAAGUAUUAUUCAAACGUGGUAUAAUAAUUUUCAACGACGCAUCACAGAAAAUCCUAACUUUUGGAGAUAA